AUGCCAAGUGAGGUACUUGAGAGCAGCGGUGAGAUGGAGGAGACCGUGCAGAAAGAGGGCAAGUCUGGAAACCAGAGCCCUCACCGUGGCUCCAUGAGAAGGGCUGUGGCAACCACUGUCACCUUUGAUGGGGAAGCCACUAUGGACCGCAGGAAAAAGAAGAAGAAAGAGUCCCGUCCUGAGUCAAUAAUAGUGUAUCGGUCGGAGAGUGAGAAUAAGGUGGAAGAGGAACAGGCAGAUGAAGAAGGAGGGGAGAGGGGCUCCGAGGAAGGCUCCAAGUUCCUGGGUCAGUCCAUGGCAGAUGGUGUAUGGAACAUGCCUUUAGACAGCCGAUAUGUCACCUUGACUGGAACAAUCACCAGGGGAAAGAAGAAGGGUCAGAUGGUGGACAUCCAUGUCACACUAACGGACAAAGAGCUGCAGGAACUGGCUAAGUCAAAGGAACCUCCUAAAGAGGAUGAACCUGAGAAGAAGAAGAAAUGUGAUGUUGGGCUGGACAGAGGACCCCACAUCGUCCUCUGGACCAUUAUCUGCCUCCCCCUCAUUUUUGUAGUGUCCUUUGUGGUUUCAUUCUACUAUGGAACCAUUACAUGGUACAACAUCUUUUUGGUGUACAAUGAAGAGAGGACCUUCUGGCACAAAAUCACCUUUUGUCCCUUUUUGAUCAUCUUCUACCCAAUUAUAAUUAUGGUUGUGUCUUUCUCCCUAGGGUUGUACUCGGCUGUGGCCCAGGUAGCUUGGUCCUUUGGUUACUGGUGGCAUGCUGUCAGGGAUAUGGAGAAGGGCUUCUGUGGCUGGCUCUGCAGCAAGCUGGGUUUGGAAGAUUGCUCUCCGUACAGCAUUGUCGAGCUGCUAGAUUCUGACAAUAUCUCAGGUAGUCUCUCUGGCAAGAGCUCUGCACAGGGGGUUGAGACUUCGGCAGUCUGA